AUGGCUGAUAAUAUUGAAUAUUCCUCAUUAAAAUCCUCAAGUGAAUCUCUACUAGGAUCACACAAUAAUGAAGUUACACUAAAAAUUAUGCAAUACAAUGUACAAAUGUUGAAAUGUCACAUGUUUAAUGUCAACUGGUGGAAGAGGGGUACUCAUGUAAUUGAUCAUGUGAUAACUCUACAAAAGGAAUUGGAAGUGGAUGUAAUUGUAUUUAAUGAAAUAUUCUUUAAGCGAUUUUACCAUGACUUGAAAGCAUCAUUAGCCACUUAUUUUCCUUACAGUACACCUGUGGUGAGCGGUAAUUUACAUACUAAUGUUGACAUGGCGUGGAAGCCUGCAAGGGGCAUUACUGGCAGAUUCCACUUUGCGACUGGUGGAAUUGUCAUUUUUAGCAAAUACCCGAUUAUGGAAACUUACCAGUUAAUAUUUAAUUAUGCAAACGGCAUUGAAAAAUUUUCGUCCAAGGGUGCUGUACUAGCUAAAAUUAUUAAAAAUGGCCAGUGCUUCAACGUUGUAGGCACGCACUUCCAGUCUGGUUCGAGUGAGAAGGAUCAUAUGUGUAGGAUGAAGCAAGGGGCUGAGUUGGCCCAAUGGAUUAGGAGCGGAUUUGUUGCUUUCAAUGAUUCCAGUAAUGUGUCGUAUGACAUGCCUAAAGGCAAAAUUGUUCAAACAGAUAGCACUAGUACUUACGCACAUAAGAUGGCACCCAUUGAACAUAUGGACACUACCGAUAUGUACAAUAGCAACGCCCCGUCAGUGUCCAUCGAUAAUAUAUCAUGUUCUUCCGUCAAAGCUCGACAUAAAGUUGUACGCAUUCAGAAAUUGCCUCGGGGAGUUUUAAGUGUCACAGAUCCUUUAAUCUAUGCCGGGGAUUUCAAUAUCCGUUUUGAACAGGAUCAAAAGUGGCUACUAGCGUUAUUGGAUGCAGAUUGCCUGAAUUCUAGCCUAGCGUUAAAUACAAAGUCUCAUAUGGUGCCCAAUUAUGAUUCUAGUUCUAAUGAUUAUUGCCGAUUCGUAAACAAUGACACCGAUAUGCAGUAUAAAGACACGUUAGAUUACUUCUUCUUAAGCAAUGAUUGUGCUGGCAACAUCAAGGUCCCCCAACAGACGAUAACCAAAGAGUUUUGCGGAGAUAUAAACUUGACAAAAUUCAUCCUAGUGAUACCAGUCAAGCAUAUAGUUGUUCACCAUCCAUCUGAUCACUUUCCUAUUGUGGCUGUUUUCUCGUCCAAAAAGUAUUAG